AUGGACAUGUACACACAUCAAUCGAUGACCCCCCGUCCGCAACAAGACAUGCCCUACGAUCUCCGCCCCCGGUCCCUACAAUGGGAUGAAGUCAUGGACAGCGACUCCAACUGCACCAUGUCGCCGACGACGAGCAGCUCCCUGCAAUUCCCAGCAGUACAUAUGCCCGCGCCCCAAGACCUGUUUCUGCUCUCGCCGCAAGCAACAGCCGCCUACCAGGAUUCGCCCGUCGAGCUCGGCGGGUAUCCUGACGUGAAUGCUACUUCUAAUCCCAACCGCCGCCAAUCCCAGAACCGCGAAGCGCAGCGCCGAUUCCGCGAGCGGCGCGAACAGGAGCGCAUCCAACUCCGGAAGAAGAUGGAGGAGCUGCGGGCGGAGAACGACGGGCUGAGUCGGUUGCUGGCCGAGGCGAAGAAUGCGAAUCUCAAGCUCGAGGUCGAUAAUGAGCGGUUAACCAAAGAGCUGGAGACGUUGCGGCGGCGGUGGCAGGAUGUGCUACGGUUGAUGGCGGAUAUGGUGCAGCAGGAAGAAACCGGUGAGGGGGGCUCGCCGUCGAGUUGUUCCAGUGGAAUGUCUUCGUCGUCGUCGUCGUCGUCGCGGAAGGAGGUGCAAGGUCUCAGGAGCUCGAUUAUGAUGCAGAUGCUGGUGCUGUUGUUUGAUGAAAAGGGGGAGUCGCCUUCGCGGACGGUGAUGGCUAGAUUGGGGCGUUGUCGGGGGAUCCGUGAUUAUGAUUCAUCAUGA